GGGCUACAAGGACACCCGCGCCUGGCCCCAGUCAGGGCCUUCUGCUCCCCAGCUACCCUUCGCGCCCCUUAUGAGUCUUUCCCGCAGUCACCUGCUUCCCACACCCUCAGCCGCUUUUUCCCCCCUGCUUGCUGAAGACUCCCUGGCCCCUUGUGGAAGGUCUGUCUCAGCGGAGGACAGGGUCCCUUCCCUUCCCCCGCUGCCAGGACCGCGCCUGGCAUGCAGUAGGCGCUCAGUAAAUACUUGUCGGUUGCACCCACAUGCCGGCGGGCCGGAGCCGGUUGUAGGCUGGCACUGGCCUGUCUGGGCACGCUGAGGCCGCCGUGGCAGGACCUGUUUUUUGGGGGGGUGGCCUCAGCCCUCAGGCGCCUCCAGUUGAGGCUUUCUGCCUACCUAGCGACUUCUAAUUUGGGUGCGUGGUUGGGAGAAGCUCUCAGCUGUCAGCCCUGCCUUGGGGGCCUCUCCCUGCUUCCUCACACAGCCAUUAAGUGCUGCUGGAGGAGGUGGGGGGCCUCCCUGUCCCAGCUGGAGGUGCCACAGGUGGGGCAGGAGCUCCUGGAGUGGCAGCCCCUAUAGAAGCGAUGACAGAAUACAAGCUUGUGGUGGUGGGCGCUGGAGGCGUGGGAAAGAGUGCCCUGACCAUCCAGCUGAUUCAGAACCAUUUCGUGGACGAGUAUGAUCCCACCAUAGAGGACUCCUAUCGGAAGCAGGUGGUUAUUGAUGGGGAGACGUGUCUGCUGGACAUCUUAGACACAGCAGGUCAAGAGGAGUAUAGUGCCAUGCGGGACCAGUAUAUGCGCACAGGGGAGGGCUUCCUCUGUGUGUUUGCCAUCAACAACACCAAGUCCUUUGAAGACAUCCAUCAGUACAGGGAGCAGAUCAAACGGGUGAAGGACUCAGACGAUGUGCCAAUGGUGCUUGUGGGGAACAAGUGUGACCUGGCCGCUCGUACUGUUGAGUCUCGGCAGGCCCAGGACCUUGCCCGCAGCUAUGGCAUCCCCUACAUUGAGACAUCAGCUAAGACCCGGCAGGGUGUGGAGGAUGCCUUCUAUACGCUAGUACGUGAGAUCCGGCAGCAUAAACUGAGGAAGCUGAACCCUCCCGAUGAGAGUGGCCCCGGCUGCAUGAGCUGCAAAUGUGUGCUGUCCUGACGCCAGGUGAGGCAGGGACCAGCAGACGUCUGGGGCAGUGGCCCCAGCUAGCCAGAUGAACUUCAUAUCCACUCUGAUGUCCCUGCUCCCCCCCCAUCCUGCCAAUCCCCCUGCCUGCCGUCAGUGGUGUCCUUUGUGCCUAUCUCGGCACAGGCUCAGGACGUGGAGGUGCCGGAUGCAGGGAGGAGGUACAGACGGAAGGAAGGAAAGAGGAGGGAAGGAAGGAAGGAAGCGAUGCUGGAGCCAGUCCAGUCCAGGAAUGGUGGACAGAGAUGACCAAGACCUUCGCAUGGACAAUUUGAACUGACUGUCAUGAACUGUCCCUAUUGCCACUGGCACCCCAGCCCUCAACCCCUUUCAGUUCCCUCCGGGUGCCUAUGGGGCACAGGUUGAAUCACAGUAAAUUAUUUGAUGGUCUUGA